AUGCUCUCUUUUGACGCGAAGCCAUACGCGUUCUCCUUCCCUCUGGAGCACACUGCGUUACUCAUAAUUGAUAUGCAACGCGACUUCCUUCUAACCAAAGGUUUCGGCGAAAUCCAAGGCGGAAACCUGGAGGCGGUCCAAGCAUCCAUCGCGCCAACGAAGAAGCUAUUGGAGGCGUGUCGGGGUGCUGGCAUGACUGUCUUCCACACCCGCGAAGGCCACAAACCAGAUCUCUCUGACUGCCCAUCCUCAAAGUUGAUCAGACAAGAAGCCGCGCCUGGCAACACGCAGCACAAACUAGUCAUCGGCGACAAGGGCGAACUUGGCCGCCUGCUUACCCGGGGAGAAUACGGACACGACAUCAUCGAUGAGCUGAAGCCAGUUCCUGGCGAGGUUGUCAUCGAUAAACCCGGCAAAGGCUCGUUCUGGAACACGACUAUCCUGCAUCAGCUCAAAGCGAGAGCAAUUACACAUCUCAUUGUUUCUGGCGUCACUACAGAGUGUUGCUUUGCUACUACUAUUCGGGAAGCGAAUGACCGCGGUUUCGAAUGCUGUGGUAUUGAGGAAGCUACUAGUGGAUACAAUGAUGCUUGCUUCAAGAAGUCGACGCUGGAUAUGAUACAUUGGUCGCAGGGCCUUUUCGGAUACAUUGGUAGCUUGCAGCCGUUACUAGACGCCCUCUCGCCAUUGUCAAGUAAGGGGCCGGUCGCCAAUUCGACGCCUCCUCAGACACCGCCGAUCUUCGAUGGCGACCUCACGAUAUCGGCUUUGCAGCGAGCGUACAAGAGGGGGCUGUCACCUGUAACCGUGAUAGAGGCGAUCUACGAAAAGAUCGAAGCAUACAAGAAGAUAGAUCCAGCGGUGUGGAUAUACUUACAACCACGCGAAGCAGCUCUAGACGCCGCAAGAAAAUUGGUAUCGACUUAUCCCAACCGAAACGCACUUCCACCCCUGUUCGGCGUCCCCUUCAGCGUCAAAGACAGCAUCGACAUUGCCGGUCUUCCCACCACAACCGCCUGUCCACCACUUGCGCACAUACCUUCAACCUCCGCUCCCGUAUACGACAAAGUCAUCGCCGAAGGCGCCUUGUUCAUAGGAAAAGCCAAUCUAGAUCAACUCGCAACCGGCCUCGUAGGAUGCCGCAGCCCAUACGGAAUCCCACACUCAGUAUACCACAAAGACUACAUCAGCGGCGGAUCAAGCAGUGGCAGCACAGUUUCAGUAGGCGCGAAUCUCGUCUCCUUCUCGCUGGCAACAGACACAGCCGGCUCAGGCAGAGUACCCGCUGGUUUCAACGGCAUCGUCGGAUACAAGCCUACACGGGGAACGAUCUCCUUCCGAGGCAUCACACCGGCAUGUCUAUCACUGGACUGCAUCGCGCUCUCCACCAAAACCGUAUCCGACGCGCGAACCCUAUGGCAGAUACUAGAAGGCCACGACUCUCUCGACCCCUACGCGAAACCAGAGAUGGGCUUCGAACGCCACGUUAACAGCAUCGGCCCCCAAUCACGCACUUUCAAAUUCGGCAUUCCGCCACCCGAAGCACUAGCUAUCUGCUCACCCCCAGCCCGUCGCAUGUUCAACGAAACGGUAUCGAAACUACAAGCCAUCGGCGGCGUCCUCACACCAAUCGACUGGUCGCCCUUCCAAAAAGCCGGCCAACUACUCUACGACGGCACCUUCGUUUCCGAACGCCUCGCCUCCCUCCCAGACGACUUCCUCGAGAAGAACCGCGCAGCCCUCCACCCCGUAACCGCACAACUCAUGGACGCCGUCGUCGCGCGGAACAGCUCAGCCGUGGACGCCUACCGCGACCUGCAGGCCCAAGCCCUCUACACCCGCCACGCAGAGAAAGUCUUCGCGUACUCCGCAUCUGGUGUUGAUGUCGUCGUUGUACCGACCACUCCGACGCACUGGCGCAUAGAUGAGGUGCUCGCUGAUCCGAUUAAGAAGAACAGUAUACUGGGUGAGUUUACGCAUUGUGGGAAUGUGUUGGAUCUUUGUGGGGUGGCGGUGCCGGCGGGGACGUAUCCGGUUAAGGAGUUGAGCGGGAAGGAGGGGGAUGAGGGUGUGUUGCCGUUUAGUGUUACGUUUUUGGGGGGGUCGAGGUUGGAUGCGGAGGUUUUGGAGGUUGCGAGAAGGUUUGAGGAGGGUGUGAAAUGA